UUUGAAUCGCGCACCAAGCACUUUCUAUAUAUAAUAAACAACAUACUGUUGCGAGUUACCCCUGACCUUCACAUUCACAUUCAUUUUAAAAGAAUAAAAGAAACAAACUUUUUUGGGUUUGGGUUGAAAGUUUUGUUCUUCUUAUUAUCUGACUCUCUCUGCGCGACUCUCCGGAGCUACAUUGCAGGGGAUUCAAGAGAAGUCGUUGCAGAGAGAGAGAGAGAGAGAUUGUGUUUGUGUAGGUAAAAGUUUUGUUGGUUUUUAAGGUAAAAUCGUGAAGAAAGAAAGAAAAAGAAAAUGGCAGUUUCAAGGGUUUUGGCUAUCGUUGUUGUCGCUCUUAUCUUUGCCAUUGCUUUGCCUGUUCAGGCUCAGUCCUCCGCUCCUGCUCCUGCCCCAACUAGUGAUGGGACAUCAAUCGACCAAGGAAUUGCAUAUGUGCUCAUGUUGGUGGCACUGGUGCUUACUUACCUCAUUCAUGCCGCCGACUUAACUUGCAGCUUUUAACUUCAAUUUCUUUUUUCUUUUCUCUUUUCUCUUUUAUGAAUUUUGGGGUCUGGGGAGGUUCUUUUGUUUGAGAGAUGAUUGGAAUGGAUGUGUAUGUAAUCUUAACGAUUACCUGUCAUGAAAGGUUUUAUUUUUGUAUCUAUUGAAUUGGAACUUUCUUUUUGAAUUUGAUAAAAUUAUCAUCUUUAUGUUAUCA